AAGCCGUGAUUUGAUUUCCGUCUCAAAUUAUUUUAUUGCGUAUUAGUAUUUCACAAAUAAGUAUGGAAAAAGCUACCGAGUGUAAGAUGUUUAAAUUCGGAUUUUCGAGUAACAAGGAAGAUGAAGAAGAAAUUGUCGAUACGAAAAAAUCGACAAUUAACUGGAUAUCUGCUUCAAAAGUAGAAAUAUCAGAAUUACAACUCGAAGAACAGUAUGAGCCCAAUGAUUAUGUAGAAUGUUUAGUAUUUCCGGAUUGUAAAUUAAAACUAAUUAAAUCGGAAAAGGCUUUGCAAGAUUUACAAAAGCAAAAUUGUACAAAUAUUAUAGAAGCGGAAUUACAACAUUCUGAUCUUAUUCCCGCUAAAUACGAAGGUGGUUUAAAAAUCUGGGAAUGCAGUUACGAUCUAGGACAGUAUAUAUUCGAAAACAAUAUCGAUUUCCAAGACAAAUUUGUUUUGGAUUUAGGAUGUGGCACCGGUAUUAUUGGUCUCAUUGCUCUUCGUAAAAAUUCCAUUGUUCAUUUUCAAGAUUAUAAUGUUGAAGUUAUUAAAAGUGUAACGAUUCCAAACGUCUUAUUGAAUUUUGAUAAUCGAGAAAAUGUAUUAAAAAGAUGUCAAUUUUUUUGCGGCGACUGGGAAUCGUUCACGAAAUUAUAUAAUUCAAAUAACGAAAACGAAUCCCCGAAGUACGAUCUCAUUUUCACGAGUGAAACGAUUUAUAAUCCUGAUAAUCAUAAAAAACUAUACGAAGUUUUCAAACAGAAACUCAAACAGGAUGGGGUGGGGCAAGUACAAUUUUUAAAAUCUGAACUCAGUGUAGAUUCUUAUAAGAACAGAAUAUAAAAUCAAACACAUAAUGUUUCUAGAUUCA